AUGAAUAGUAACAUUUUUUUCCCCGUAGAUCUACUUUCAUUUCUCAAUGAAAAGAAUAAAGUUUGCCUGGUUACUUUGGAUUUUGCAGGCUUAAGUACUGACUGCGUUGAUUUGGAGAAAAAAUACACGCAAAUCAAAAAAAUAAUGGUUGAUUUAUUGCCGUACACCAACACAAUUCAUGAAUAG